AUGGCUUUCCUGACCAUGAUCAACUUGUAUUGUAUGAGAGUCAAUUUGAACAUUGCCAUUGUUGCUAUGAUCAACCACACCUAUGUUGAAGCCUCAAUGCAGGUUGAUGGUGCAUUUAAUUGGGGCAUUGGAUUGCAAGGCAUCAUUUUGGGCUCCUUUUUUUAUGGUUAUAUUUGUACUCAAUUUUUUGGUGGUCUGAUGGCACAAAAGUUUGGAAGUAAGAGGUUGCUGCUUGCUGCUGUAGGAGUUAAUUCGAUCCUCUGCUUAGCAACUCCUAUUUUGACGAAGUUGGCAGGUGCUCCUAUGCUCAUUAUUGUUAGGAUAUUGCAAGGAAUCUUCCAGGGAAUCACUUUUCCAUCCACCCAUUGUCUGAUUUCCAAAUGGGCACCCCCGCUUGAGAGGAGCAAAAUGAUUACAUUUGCCUAUGCAGGCUGCCAGUUGGGAACAGUGUUGGCAAACCCGAUAUGUGGAAUUCUAGCUUUUUAUUCUUGGGAAUCUAUUUUCUAUUUGUUUGGAAGUUUAGGUUUGGCAUUCUCUGUCGCCUGGUUUUUCUUGAUUUAUGACGAUCCAAAUUUACACCCCAGAAUCAAUCCAAGUGAGAAGGAAUACAUUCAAACUGCGCUAGGCAGCACUAAGAAAACCAAACCAGUUGCCCUGAAAGAUCUUCCGUGGAAGUCCAUCUUCACUUCAAUCAGAGUUUAUGCAACUGCUUCGGCCCAUUUCGCCAACAAUUGGGGCUUCUACACAAUGCUUACCUGCCUACCAUUAUUUUUUAGCAAGAUACUCAAGUUCGACAUUAAAAGUAAUGGGGCAAUAGCAGCUUUGCCAUAUCUUGCUUGCUGGUUUUUCAUGGUGUCAAGUGGCUUUACAGCCGACCUGCUUAUUACUAAGAAGAUUUUAUCAACAACAAAAGUCCGAAAAAUUGCGAACGUGAUAGGUCUGAUGGGACCAGCUGUAUUUUUCCUAGGCAUGGGCUAUAUUGAGUGCAACAACGCAUUGGCAGUCUUGUGCGUUGUAGUUGCCGUGGGAUUGUCUGGAGUUUCAUGGGCCGGCUGGAGUGUCAACCACCUCGACCUCGCUCCAAUCUACGCAGGAACGCUGAUGGGACUGACAAAUACUUUUGCGACGGUUCCUGGUUUUGUUGGGCCUGCUGUAGCAUCAGCUUUCACCGCUGCUGGGCAUACAAGAGCGGCUUGGAGGAAUGUCUUCUACGUUGCUGCUGCCGUCAACGCUUUUGGUUCCAUAUUUUUCUUCAUAUUCGGUUCAGGUCAAAAACAGCCAUGGGCUGAACCGAAAGAGCAGGUGACAGAGGAGAAAGUAUAACUUGUGUCAGAACAAAAGCUAAUCCUUUGCUCUAUUUUGGUCGAUUGUGCCAAAAAAGCGUUCUAUCUAUUUUAUUGACAAUGAAAUUUCACAAUUUUAGGCGCAGCUUUUUUUGUUGACAUCAUUGGUGUCUACGCAUGCAGACGAACCAUUUCUGUUCCUCCUUGAAUGUUAUUCAAAUAUAAUUAAUUUUUAUGAACUUGACUGCAUAGGUUCAGUUCAAAACUGCAAUUUCAUGUUGUCAAUGCUUUCUAGUUUUCAAAAAUUCAAUGUUACCGAUGACAACUUGUUGACGCAUACGUCGAUGGAGUAGUUUUAUUAGUACAGUGUUUCUCGUUAAUUGAAAAUAUUUUUUGAAUAAACGUUAACUCAUCUUUAUUGUUAUUGUACCAAAUCAAUUAUGAAAGUUACUGAAGCUUUAAUUCAUUUGUGAGAUUUUGCUUAAUUAUGUCAUAGAUUUAAUAAGCUCAAAAAUUUUUACCUGUUCACAUGUAACAGCAGGAUGAUUUUGAGGCGUGACUUAACACGUUAUCAUGUAUUCAAUCAUAUUAUAAUUCUAUUUUUUUCAUUUUUAAUGGUUUUUAGUCGAUUAGUUAACUAUUGUUUUAAGCUUUCUUGUGUUUUUGCUUGAUUCAUUGGCGUCACUUAUAAGCACUGGUUUUAUAAAGAAUUGUUUAGAACCACCAUGUUCUUUAUUUAAUUCAGUAUUUAAAAUUUGAUCUGUUAUUCAUUAAAAAUUGUUUCUCAAAAUUUGAUUUCAAACCCUCCAUUAAACAACGUGUUGUGUUUA